CUCAGGAUUCAGCAGAGAUGAAGAGCUGAAACAAAAUAAGAGAAGUUCACAAACCAGAAGUCACGGCGACAACCUAGACCACCCAAAUGUAAAAAGAAACCCCAAAAAGUGUUUUGUGUGUUUGACUUGUGGGAGAAAAUUCUCUGUAAAAUAUAAUUUAACAGCUCACAUGAGAACUCACACAGGUGAGAAGCCUUUCUCAUGUCAGAUCUGUGGAAAAACUUUUGCUUUUAGAAGCGCUUUGAAUUCUCAUGUGAAAUCACACACAGGUGAGAGACCUUUUACUUGUCAAAUCUGUGGAAAAAGUUACUCUGAAAAUAACAGCUUUAAAUACCACAUGAAAACUCACACAGGUGAGAAGUCUUUCACGUGUGAGACCUGUGGAAAAAGUUUUAUUCUUGGAAGCGCUUUGAAUUCUCACAUGAGAUCUCACUCUGGUGAAAAGCCUUUCUCAUGUGAGACCUGUGGAAAAAGUUACAAGCGAAAAGUUCAUUUGAAAGUACACAUGAAAAAACACACAGGUGAGAGACCUUUCUCGUGUCAGAUCUGUGGAAAAAGUUUUAUUUUUAGAAGUGAUUUGAAUAUCCACAUGAAAACACACACAGGUGAGAGACCUUUCUCAUGUCAGGUCUGUGGAAAG